AUAAUUUAUUAAUUUUUCCGUUCACUAGAUGGCGCUAUUCUUGUUUGUUUUCCCGUCUGAUCUAUUUGCUUCACGUUCUAUUUAAAUUUAAAUCUAGUUUGAUGAACGACUAAAUUUCUUUUUAUCACGUAACUUUCAUGCUAUUUUUUCGACACGCGUCAAAACUUGCUCGGUCAUUUGUUCAUUCCAAAACAUUGUGUACUCAAUUUCAACAUUUUCAGAAUUUACAGAGGAACCUUCUGAAAUUAGCUUCUUCUCGUAACAUGUCUUUCAGCAUUGUAGAAAGGGGAUCACCUAAUACUUUGAGCUAUCGUAUAUUUUACACUGAUGAAAAUGGACCUAUAUCACCAUUCCAUGACAUACCAUUGUUUGCUGAUAAAGAAAAUAAAAUUUACAAUAUGGUUGUUGAAAUUCCACGAUGGACAAAUGCAAAAAUGGAGAUAGCUACAAAAGAUGCAUUGAAUCCCAUAAAGCAAGAUGUUAAAAAGGGGGCUCUUCGAUACGUUCACAAUUGUUUUCCUCAUCAUGGUUAUAUUUGGAACUAUGGAGCUUUACCUCAGACCUGGGAAGAUCCAAAUCAUAUAGAUGAAUCAACUAACUGUAAAGGUGAUAAUGAUCCUGUUGAUGUCUGUGAAAUUGGUUCCAGGGUAGCUAAACGGGGAGAAGUAUUACAAGUAAAAGUGGUUGGGGUUAUGGCUCUUAUUGAUGAAGGGGAGACUGAUUGGAAACUUAUAGCUAUUGAUAUUAAUGAUCCUGUUGCUGAUGAAAUUAAUGACAUUGAUGAUGUUGAAAAAAUUUUCCCUGGAUAUUUGAGAGCUACUCAUGAAUGGUUCCGCAUUUAUAAAAUGCCAGCAGGUAACCCAGAAAACAAAUUUGCAUUCAAUGGUGAACCUAAAAAUAAAGAAUUUGCUGAAAAGGUUGUAGAGGAUACUCACAAGUUUUGGCAGAAGCUCAUUAGGAAUGAAACUGAAGCUCAUGGUCUUAAUUGCUCUACAGUAACUGUUAUAGAUAGUCCUUACAAAAUUAGUGAAGCUGAUGCCUUGACUGUAAUUCAACACACUGAUGAAUUAGGAAGUGCACAAGAAAUAGAUCCCAAAGUAGAUAAAUGGCAUUUUGUUCAGUUGAAGUAAUAUUUAUCCAUCAACCAAAGAGCUGGCAGCAAUUACAACCAGAGUUGUAGUUCAAAUGACAGAUUUACAUGAAAAACUAUUGUGAUAUAUUAAUUUCAAUUAAAAAGUAAUUUGGCUUCUGUUCAGCAUUUUAAAUACACUUUAUUUCCAUGACAAUUAUUGUAAUAAAGUAUUUACCAAAUUGA